CUCAGCCUAGCAGGCCUUAUCUUCGGCUGGUUAUUAUUUGAUGAAACGGCCUUCCUCCUCCCGUGGUGUUUCAAAACUGUGCUGGACGUAUUUACUGCUGCCAGGGGGCUUUAUCUGAGGUUACUGCAGAGCACCCAGAGUCCUGAGACCUCACGCCACAGGAACAGGACAACAGGACGCCAAGGAGGAGCUUUGAAUUCAUCCACAGCCUGGGGCUGUCUUCUCCAGAGCUUGGGUCAGCUUUGUUAAUCAACCGGUUGGAAAGAAUUCCUCAAACACCAAGAGUCAAGAAUACAGGCAGCAGCUUGCUCCCUCCUUGUGUGGACAUUCUGCAGAGGAACCUGAUAGCUGAGUGCUGAAUUUUUCUUUAGUAUCACAGAAGAACUUCCAUCCCAGCACAUGAUUUGGGAAUUACAGUUUAUGACAUGGAUGAAUCUGCAUUGAGCCUUGGCACAAUAGAUGUUUCUUAUCUGCCAAAUUCAUCAGAAUACAGCCUUGGUCGAUGCAAACACACAAGUGAGGAAUUGGGUGAGUGUGGCUUUAGACCUACCGUCUUCAGAUCUGCAACCUUAAAAUGGAAAGAAAGCCUAAUGAGCCGGAAAAGGCCCUUUGUUGGAAGAUGUUGUUAUUCCUGCACUCCCCAGAGCUGGGAGAAAUUUUUCAACCCCAGUAUUCCGUCUUUGGGUUUGCGGAAUGUUAUUUAUAUCAAUGAAACUCACACAAGGCACCGAGGAUGGCUGGCAAGACGACUUUCUUACGUCCUUUUUGUUCAAGAGCGAGAUGUCCAUAAGGGCAUGUUUGCCACCAAUGUGGCUGAAAAUGUACUGAACAGCAGCAGAGUACAAGAGGCCAUUGCUGAAGUGGCUGCUGAAUUAAACCCUGAUGGUUCUGCUCAGCAGCAGACCAAAGCCAUCCAUAAAGUGAAAAAGAAAGCCAAAAAGAUCCUUCAAGAAAUGGUUGCCACUGUCUCACCUGGAAUGAUCAGACUUACUGGGUGGGUGCUGCUAAAGCUGUUCAAUAGCUUCUUUUGGAACAUUCAGAUUCACAAGGGUCAACUAGAGAUGGUUAAAGCUGCAGCUGAGACGAAUUUGCCGCUUAUAUUUCUACCAGUCCAUAGAUCCCAUAUUGACUAUUUGCUGCUCACUUUCAUUCUCUUCUGCCAUAAUAUUAAAGCGCCAUACAUUGCUUCAGGCAAUAAUCUCAACAUCCCAAUCUUCAGUACCUUGAUCCACAAACUUGGGGGCUUUUUCAUACGACGGAGGCUGGAUGAAACACCAGAUGGACGGAAAGAUAUUCUCUACAGAGCUUUGUUGCAUGGGCACAUAGUGGAACUACUUCGGCAGCAGCAGUUCUUAGAGAUUUUCUUGGAGGGCACGCGCUCAAGGAGCGGGAAGACCUCCUGUGCUCGGGCAGGACUCUUGUCAGUGGUGGUUGAUACUCUGUCUACCAAUACCAUCCCGGACAUCUUGAUCAUACCCGUUGGAAUCGCCUAUGAUCGGAUCAUUGAAGGUCACUACAAUGGAGAACAGCUGGGUAAACCUAAGAAAAAUGAGAGCCUUUGGAGCGUAGCAAGAGGUGUUAUUAGAAUGUUACGGAAAAACUACGGAUAUGUCAGAGUGGACUUUGCACAACCAUUUUCCUUAAAGGAAUAUUUAGAAAGCCAAAGUCAGAAAGCUGUGUCUGCUCCACUUUCUCUGGAGCAAGCAUUGUUACCAGCUAUACUUCCUUCACGACCUAAUGAUGCUGCUAAUGAAGGUACAGAAAUAUCCAGUAAUGAAUCCAGAAGCGCAGCAGAGGAAUUCUUCCGAAGAAGGUUGAUUGCAAAUCUGGCUGAGCACAUUCUAUUCACCGCUAGCAAGUCCUGUGCCAUCAUGUCCACCCACAUCGUGGCCUGCCUGCUGCUCUACAGACACAGGCAGGGAAUCAAUCUGUCCACAUUGGUGGAAGACUUCUUUGUGAUGAAGGAGGAAGUCCUGGCUCGUGAUUUUGACCUGGGGUUCUCAGGAAAUUCAGAAGACGUAGUCAUGCAUGCUAUACAGCUGCUGGGAAACUGUGUUUCGAUCACGCAUACGAGCAGGAAUGAUGAGUUCUUUAUCACUCCCAGCACAACUGUGCCGUCGGUCUUUGAACUGAACUUCUACAGCAACGGGGUGCUCCAUGUCUUCAUCAUGGAGGCCAUCAUAGCCUGCAGCCUCUAUGCAGUUCUAAAUAAGAGGGGCUCAGGAGGACCCACAGGUGCCCCCGGCAGCCUGAUCAGCCAGGAGCAGCUGGUGCGGAAGGCCGCCAGUCUGUGCUAUCUACUCUCCAAUGAAGGCACCAUUUCUCUCCCCUGCCAGACUUUUUACCAAGUUUGCCAUGAAACAGUAGGAAGGUUUAUCCAGUAUGGCAUUCUUACAGUGGCGGAGCAAGAUGACCAGGAAGAAAUCAGUCCUGGUCUUGCAGAGCAGCAGUGGGACAAGAAGCUUCCUGAACCGUUGUCUUGGAGAAGUGAUGAAGAAGACGAAGAUAGCGAUUUUGGUGAGGAGCAGCGAGAUUGCUACCUAAAGGUGAGCCAGUCCAAGGAGCACCAGCAGUUCAUCACCUUCCUGCAGAGACUGCUUGGGCCUUUGCUGGAGGCCUACAGCUCUGCUGCCAUCUUUGUCCACAACUUCAGUGGUCCUGUUCCGGAGCCUGAAUACCUGCAAAAGCUGCACAAAUAUCUACUCAACCGAACGGAAAGAAACGUUGCAGUAUAUGCUGAAAGUGCCACUUACUGUCUUGUGAAGAAUGCUGUGAAAAUGUUUAAGGAUAUUGGGGUUUUCAAAGAGACCAAGCAGAAGAGAGUGUCUAUUUUAGAACUGAACAGCACUUUCCUACCUCAAUGCAACCGGCAAAAACUCCUAGAAUAUAUUCUGAGUUUUGUGGUGCUGUAGGUAACUGGUGGCACCUCUGUCAAGUGAAGGGCUGGAGAUGAGUCCUUUGCAGGCUCCAGCGUUUGUCCUGAGAGUUGCAGGUGCCGUCGUGUGGCCGGGCCUGCCCUGCCCUGAGGUGACCUGGAAGACAAGUGCCUUCUCCCCUCUGUGGACCUGUGAUCUUCCCAACUCUGAGACACAGCAGCCUACAGAUAACACUUGGGGGGCCCUCAGCCUCUGUUUGCAACUCAUAAUCAGUAGAUUACUAGAUGAAAUCUCAAUAAAUUAUUUUGGAGUUUAUUAAAGAUUUACAUUUUAAGUACAACUUUUAAGGACUAAUUACUGUGAUGGAAACAGAAAUGUAGUUGUAUUCUAGAACUGAAAGUUGUAUAGUAUGCAUACAUAGUGGAGUAAUUCAUUGGUAUAUUUUCUGAUUAAUCGUUAAUGCUCCCCUUAAAAAUAAUUGUCAUCCUUUCACUUUUUUCGGUUUUAUCUUUGUCAAUAGUAGCUAAAUUUUAAAUGGGAGCCCUUUCAUCCCAAAGUGCUUUACAGAUGAGUGGGCUGAGGCACGUCAUACCCAGGUGUGACCACGCUGUCCUCUGCAGUUGGAUUUAGAAAACAUGUAAAGAGCUACAUGAAAACAGACAUAUUAGUGUAGGUCAGGAACUGAGAUAUUGCGAUCAAACAGCCAACAUCAGGAAGUAAAUUUGGCCGGCAAAAUGCAAGGUAAACCUGGCCAGAAAACUGGCACUGAAAACUUCUGCUCACAUGAAAAAGUGCCAUUGAGUUUUAAAUGACCAGCAAGUAUUUAAAAACUCCUUUUGUUUUAUGUCUGUACCCCUUCUCACCUCUCAGGUGGUAGGUACCUGACUCUCACAGGUACAGCUGUUUCUUCUAAAACCUUCAACCAAAUAGCACCUGCACCGAGUUGACUAGCUCAGCCUGAUGGACUCUGUUAGUGUAUGGUGCUCUGGCUGCACGCUCCCGGCCCAGGGCUUUUGCAUAUGCACACAGGUCGUACGCUGCCGCCAGUCUGGGUGGCUGGUACUCACUCAAGUUGUGCAGUGUUUGAACUGUGCGGUAUCUGCAUGUCCCUAUCGCUAGGUGAAAAGCCAGAGGCUUUUAUGGAUUUUUACCUUUGAGAAAAAACCAUGGUUUGUAUGCCUAAACCUUCAUGCCUCUAGAGGCAAAUAAUUAUAAAAAUUGUCUGUUUGUAAUGGGUAGGUGCCUUUUUGUGAGCAGGGAGCAUACUUGUUACCUGUGGUAAUUAUGGUGAUUUCUUAAAGAUCAUGUAAUGUUAAACAUUUUCCUAACCAUUUACUGCCCCUUAUCUCCAUAAUAUUAUGAAACUAGGAAUUUUUUCUGAUGAGUAUUGCAUACUCUUUGAAUUUAGUAUAAAAGUACUGAGAAUUAAGUUUAUACUUUCCCGAGCUUGGAUUUUAAAUACUAAUAGUAUCUCGUGAGUAUGUGUGCAUUGGGAGAGGGAGGGGUACUGAUGCAUAGUUCACGUUCUGUGAAGUAAUCUUGUUUGAGAGUCGUAGCAAUAAUACUAUGCUGUGCGAUCUUCCACUGUUCUCUAAUUCUGUAGGUAAACGUGUCUUUCCUUUAUCUUGUAGGAACUCACAAACAUUAAGUCAGUCACUUUGUAGCAACUGAUGUGGAGUGAGACGUCACCUUUGUACCUUCAGUUUACUGAUUGAGUAGAGGAACACUUCUGGCUGCACUUGGGGACUGCCCAGGGAGCCUGAUCAUUCCCUUGGAUGGUCCUUCUCUGGGGAAUCAAAUACUACACUAGUCUCUUCUUUUCCUGUCCUCUAAGUUGUAAAUCAAGGAUCAUUCGAGCUCUCUGUUAGUUGACUGGAAAGUCAAGGUUGGGACUGGCUUUCCAGUGGAUUUUGCUGCUCUGCCUGUCACUUUUGCAAAGAGCUGCUGCUUUACCAGCUUGAGCAGAGAAACUAUGACUUCCCUUGCUUUACUUUUCCUUUUGGUUGGUUUGUUUUCAAGAAAUUUGAUCAGAUGCUUUGGGGAAUGCAAUUUGCUAGCUCUCUUGCCACUUAACUCACUGUGAGGAUAAAUAUGCAUGCUUUUUGUAAUUAACUGGUGCUUUGAAAACCUUUUUUAAGGAAGAAAAAUCUCAACCAAAGUUAUGCUCAUCCAGAGAGGCUGACCCUUGAGUUAAUUUUAGCACAGCUCAUUCUUUAGUGCCUCAUUACUGAGGGGGAAAAAAAAUCACAAUAAGGCUUCCAGAUAGCUCUGUUUUACUAAUAGACACGUUGUCAUUGUUUUCCAGCAGUGGAUGGCUUCCAAGUAAGGUUAAACCAACUAGGUGCUUGUAAAUAAUUUAUUACAGUUUACUCUAUUGCAUUUCUGUGAAACUGAAAUGCAUGCCCUUCAGGGGAAGACUGUGAGUCAAGUUUAAAAACAACCCAGUAAUAAGCAAUAUGAAACUGCACCCUGUUUUUUUAAAAAUAACAAUGUCCUAAGAAAUUGAGAAGACAGGAAGGAAUUGUGCUCUCAGAAUUCUAACACAAUGACAAAAUGUGUGUUAGGUGUGUAAAGCUAGGAACCGAGAAGGCACUGCACUUCCUCAUCAGACCCCUAAGGCUCAUGAAGUCUCAAGGGUGAGUGGACAAAAUAUGUCCUGGGACGGCAGCGAAUGGAAGCUCCAACUGUGGAGUUUCCUGCAACCUGGAGGGGCGAGGGCAGUGCCUGCAGAGUUCCACGUUGCCUGAGUACCAUGUGAGAUGUGUCUCGGUGUUUUUAGGAAGUGUUGCUGGCCAACUGUACAUGGAAACUUGCACUUUAGUGCGGAAGGGCUCAGCCUCCCGCAGUGAGCAGUCUGUUUAACCUGGCAUUUCCCAAACUCUUUUGACCUCAGGACCUUUUCCCCCUUUGGGACACCUCUGAACCUCUCACUAAUAGCCUAUGGAAAACAUCUGGGAAACACUACAUUAUGUAGUUCUAUAAGGAGACAAAACAGUGACGAACAGAUGGCACCGAGGCUGAAUUCGCAUGCAUUUUGUACCACCAGAUGUUGAGUUGAAUGGUAUAUAUUUCCUCCCCUGGAAAGAAUAAGCACAGAAAAAUUGUUGUAUAGAUGGCCAGAGUGCUUUCCUUUGAUGGGAAGAUGAGCUGUCAAUGACCCUGGCUUUUUUACUGAAAGUAGCAGAAUUAAUACAAGGAUUAAUUAUGGUAAAUGAUCAAGGUUUUAAUUCAGAUCUAGAAGAAAACAUUGCACAACUGAAUGCAGAUUUUUAUCCGUAGAUAGUUCUAGUAUUUAGAAAUGUAGAACCUACUGAGGUUUAUAAGACUUACUAUGGGAUGUAAAUCUGUUUUUUAAAAUGCUCUUUUUAGGAACCUGGAAUUGCCAUCUGGCAUUUUAGUUUAAUAUAAACUAAUGAUUGCUUGAAAGAGACUCUUCACUUUAUUUCUAAACAGUUAAAGGGCUAAAUGUCUUGACGGAAGGGGUUAAAAGUACUGCCUGUUGUACAGAGAAAUGUUAGAUUGUUGUAAAAAGAAUUACUAUAAAGUAUUGUAAAGUAACGCUGAGUGAUUUGUGAGUGAAACUUGGAUGUGAUUGAUUUUUAUGCCUGAUAAUGUAUUGUGAGAAGCACAGAAAUGUAGUUUUGUUUUAAUAAACCAAAAAAAUGAACCUUA